UAGGGUGUGCGUUCUGCGCAUGCGCUACCGCGGAAGGAGAGCUGCUGAGGUCGAAUCGUAGGAUUCAAAGAGUCUUCGCCAAAAUAAGGCAAAAUGCCUGCGGACUUUGAUAAAGAAGCGUACCCGAAGCCUCCUCGGCAAACGCCGGUCGCGGACAAGCAGACCGCGCUGCCGAACCCGGCCCUGAUCCUGUCCAAACUCUUCUAUUACUCCGUGGACCUGCCUGUCACCACAUUUAGAGGUGUCGUGGACAGCAUUCGGGCUCAGAACAGGUCCGUGUACUACCACCAGAAGUUCCGCCGUGUCCCCGACCUGACCGAGUGCGUGCACGGAGAUUACCUCUGCUACUAUGAGGCCGAGAUGCAGUGGAGGAGAGACUUCAAAGUGGACCAGGAGAUCGUGAAGGUGAUCCAGGAGCGCAUGAGGGCAUGCCAGCAGAGAGAAGGACAUAGCUACGAACAGAACUGUAGCAAGGAAAUCGAGCAGUUCAACGAGGUGUCCAAUAGCUACAUGUCACGCUAUGGAGACCUGGGAGCGUAUAGCAGUGGAAGGAAAUGUCUCAUGAAGCAAAAAGAACGAAUGAUGGCAGCUCAGGCUCAGAGCGCUAUCUAACUUCUACUUGUACUGUGUAAUUGUAAAAUAAAAUUUAUUCCACAAACCAA